AAAAUUUGAUUUAAUCAGGUAUUUUUGUUUAUAUAAGAAAAAGUCGGUCUACGGUACACUUAGUUGUAUGGAACAUGGGAAACACCCCGCCUUCGAUCUAUUAUAGUCAUGCCGAAUGUGCAGUUUCACAGACGAACAGUUUGACCAAGAUUAGAACAAAUCGAGACAUCCGUUAUCAAUUCAUUGAUAAUACCUUUUUACGCAUUCAUCGCAAACGUUAUCUGAAAUAUUUGAGUCAUACCGAAGGGCCACUUCAGAGACAGAAGUCGCACUAACCAGUAAACAUUAGAUUGUUAGUAAAGUAACACCAUAUUAGUUUAAAUGUUUGAAAAAUGUCGGUUACGUGGAUUUGGCAAGGUUCAUCUGUUCUGGAAGAUAUACCUGCCUACGUUAUGUCUGUUGAUUAUCUACAACGAAUACCUCAUCCACAUAUUUCACACUCUUCAAUGGUCGCAGAUUCAAUGCCAAACAGAUGCCUCAAAAUUUUACUAGUGGCGGAUCCUCAAAUAUUGGGUAAUACCUUCGAUAAAAAAAUUUACUGGCCCCUGGCUAAUUUCGAUUCAGACUGGCAUCUCUCGAAAACAUAUAGAAAGGCUGUACAGCAUACAACACCCGACGUGAUCUGUUUUCUGGGAGACCUAAUGGACGAAGGUAGCGUUGCUACAGCAGUUCAGUACGAUGAAUACUACGCUAGAUUUGCAAAUAUUUUCACACAACCGAGAGCGGACACGCUGAUGAUUUACAUUCCAGGCGAUAAUGAUAUCGGCGGCGAGGGGCAGUUAGUUACACAGGAGAAUGUUCAACGAUUUCGGCAGUAUUUCAGCGAGAAACCAAACUGGGAGCUCAUAGAUACGGCCACAUUUAUCAACGUAAAUCGUUUCACGGGUUUCAUGCCGUCAACAGAGAAAACCAAUCACGAUCAACAUUCAUUUACAGUAUUACUAAGCCACAUGAGCUUGCUGAAGAAUAUCGGAACCUUCUCGGAAAGAGCAAUACAAACAUUUCAUCCGCAUGUCAUAUUCUCUGCACACGACCACCUAUCUAAAUAUGCACUGGUCCACAGGAACAACCUUUUCCAGGAAGUUAACCACAUUGAUCUCAACACGGACCGCCAUAAACGACAGGAAAUCUCAUCUUUUAAUCUCGUGGAUCUACGAUACCGGCAAGAGCUGCUGGAGAUCAUGGUACCCACCUGCUCCUACCGGAUGGGGGUCAUGAAGAUUGGUUACGGCUAUGCAGUACUGGACGGUGACGAACUGAAAUACACCGUACUUUGGUCUUCGCAGCGAUUUUAUCAAUUGGCGGUUUAUUCGCUGAUGAUCAUCCCUCUGAAAUUGUUAUGCGGGCAAGUUUGGUGUACAAUCUUCAAACGCUACUGGUGCUGUUGCCGGCCCAGAAAUCGUAGCUAUCUUCCGUUGCACAAUAGUUAGGAAUAAAAUAGUUACCUGUAUAUUGUUACAUGUCAACGCUGUCAAGAUU